AUGGUUGCUACGAACGAUGACACAGCUGAUGUUGUCAGUUCCUGGUCCGAGAGACUAGAGAACGCUACUAUUACUAGACUUCCAUAUGACUUUUCUAGGCCACUUGAAGGACCUCAAUUAGAGGAACAGACAUAUUCGCAUGCUAUUCCGGAGUUGGGCCGUCUUACUGCAGAUACAGCUUAUACCGUUACGCUUACAGCAUGGGUAGCCCUGUUAUACAGGUUUACUGAUAAUGAAGAAAUUGUGCUGUAUGCUAAUAAUGAUAAGGUUUUAAGAAUCAAUGUGUCAUCUGAAAUGUCCUUCCAAGCGCUACUAACAGCAGUUAGCACCGAGUUGCAAUCGGUAGCAGACAUGGGUAAAGGAGACUUUGAUGCGGUCUCUGAAUUCAUGAAAGCAAAGAGUGGAUUAGAGAAGACUCCCAAUAUAUUUACAGUUGGUAUUGUUUCUGGGGCGCUGGCGAUAAAUCUUGGGCGUUUCCAUCACAACGUUAUUGAUUGCUUGUUAAGCUUAGAGGGAGGAGAUACGUUGAGCAUAAUAUACAAUUCGCUGUUAUAUUCAAGUACCCGUAUCGAGAUAAUGGGAGAGCAGUUGAGAAGCUUAAUAUCGGCAGUGCUAAACAAGAAUAGCGACCCAAUUACAUCUAUAUCGUUGGUUACUCCGUCAGUUUCUGGUAUUCUUCCAGACCCAACUGCCAACUUACAUUGGGACAAAUAUCGUGGUUCUAUUCAAGAUAUAUUCCAAGAUAAUGCUGUGAAAUGCGCUGAAAAAACGUGUGUGAUUGAAACCCCUGGUAAUGGACUCGAAACAAGCCGGUAUUUCACGUACCGUGAUAUCGACCAAGCGUCUAAUAUUGUGGCGCACUAUUUGAUUGAUGCUGGUAUCAAACCUCAAGAUGUUGUUACAAUAUAUUCAUCUCGAAGUGUUGAAUUAAUCUGCUCUAUUAUGGGUGUUUUAAAAGCUGGUGGGACGUUUUCAGUAAUUGACCCAGCGUACCCUCCGGAAAGACAAAAUAUUUAUCUCAAAGUUGCGAUUCCAAAGGUAGUUAUUGUAAUAGCGUCAGCAGGCACUUUAAGUGAUGUGGUGAAUGACUUUAUAGCAAAGGAGUUAAACGUUUUAUCUAUUAUUCCUGCUGUCAAAAUGCAAAAUGACGGCACAAUAUUAGGCGGUGUCAUCUCUGGCGACAGCGAUGAUUGCUUUUCAAAAGUUAACCAUUUGAAAGCUACAAGAACAGGUGUGACAGUAGGCCCCGACAGCAAUCCGACUUUAUCAUUUACAUCUGGAUCUGAAGGUAUUCCAAAGGGUGUUUUAGGAAGAGCCUUUUCUCUUGCUUACUACUUUGACUGGAUGGCGGAGAGAUUUUCUUUGUCACCUAACGACAAGUUCACGAUGUUGAGCGGUAUAGCUCAUGAUCCCAUCCAGAGAGACAUUUUUACUCCCCUAUUCUUUGGAGCACAGAUAUUAAUCCCAUCUGCUGACGACAUUGGAACACCUGGCAAAUUAGCGCAAUGGAUGGCCGAUUACGGAGCAACUGUCACCCACCUGACGCCAGCGAUGGGGCAAUUGUUGACAGCUCAUGCAACAGUACCAUUUCCUAAACUACAUCAUGCCUUCUUUGUUGGAGAUAUUCUAACUAAAAGGGAUUGUACUACGUUGCAAAAACUAGCUAAAAAUGCUAACAUUGUGAAUAUGUAUGGGACCACUGAAACUCAGCGCGCAGUUUCUUAUUUUGAAGUCAAACCCAAAGCAAUAGAACCAGAUUUCCUUGAAAAGGUUAAAGAUGUUAUACCUGCAGGGAGAGGUAUGGUUGAUGUCCAGCUGUUAGUUGUUAACAGAAAAGAUAGAAACAAACUCUGUGGUGUUGGGGAAGUUGGUGAGUUAUAUGUACGUGCAGGCGGUUUAGCGGAAGGUUACCGUGGGUUACCAGAAUUGAACAAAGAAAAGUUCCUCGAAAAUUGGUUUGUCAACAAGAACCAUUGGAGUUCAAUAUGCGCUCCCAAGGAUAAUACAUGGGGCCAAUUUUGGUUUGGCCCAAGAGACAGAUUGUAUCGUACAGGUGAUCUGGGCCGUUAUUUGCCGGAUGGAAACUGUGAAUGUUGCGGAAGAGCAGAUGACCAGGUGAAAAUUCGUGGGUUUAGAAUUGAGCUGGGAGAAAUUGAUACUGCAGUAUCUCGUCAUCCUUUGAUUCGUGAGAAUAUCACCUUAGUCCGUGAAAAUGCCGCCGAUGAGCCGACGCUGAUAACAUUUUUAAUUCCAAGGUUCGAAAAACCUGAAAUAAAGCAAUUCACCACGGACGUAAACGAACCUAUAGAUGAUGAUACAGUUCUAGGAUGGCUGCGUUAUGAGGCAUUGAUAGCUGAUGUUAAAGCCUACUUAAAGAAACGACUAGCAUUAUAUGCGAUCCCACCUGUUAUAAUUAUCAUGAAUAAGUUACCAUUGAAUCCUAACGGUAAAGUGGACAAACCAAAGCUCAAGUAUCCAUGUCAAAAGCAAUUUGAUUUGUUGGCGAAGCACAGCACAACUGUCUCGUUGACUGCAGAAGAAAAGGCAAUCUGCGAUAUUUGGCAAGAAGUGUUACCUACUAAGACAACAAAGAUAUCUCGUGAUGACACAUUUUUUGAUUUGGGUGGUCAUUCUAUAUUGGCAACGAAGAUGAUUUUCACAUUAAGGAACAAAUUGAACCUUGAAAUUCCUCUAGGUACCAUAUUUAAAUACCCAACUAUCAAAUUGUUCACGGAAGAGAUUAGCAGGAUCAAGAAUCUCACUAAGGCGGACGUUCCAGUACUCAAUGAAAUCUCCGAGUACGCCAACGAUGCUGCUAAAUUAAUGGAUACAAUGGUUGCACCUUCUUACCCUUCCCGUAGUUCUAUUAUUCAGAAUAAAGAAGGUCCUGCGAAAGUCAAUGUUUUCUUAACUGGUGCUACUGGAUUUUUGGGAUCAUACAUCUUGGCUGACAUCUUAAACAGACCAAAAAAUCAAUAUAUUACUAAGGUCUAUGCUCAUGUUAGGGCCAGUAACGCGACUGAAGGAUUAAAAAGAUUGAAGGGAUCGUGUAAGGCGUAUGGGACUUGGUGUGAAGAGUUCGAGAGCCGCAUUGAGAUAGUUCUUGGAGAUUUGUCGAAGAAGAACUUUGGACUUGAAGAACAUGCUUGGGAAGAGUUAGCUAAUAAAAUCGAUGUGAUAAUCCAUAACGCUGCAUUAGUUCAUUGGGUAUAUCCAUAUUCUAAAUUAAGAGACUCUAAUGUUCUAAGCACUAUAAAUGUGAUGAACUUGGCCGCUCUGAAUAAGGCGAAAUACUUCACAUUUGUUUCAUCAACGUCGACCCUUGAUACCGAACAUUAUUACGAGUUGUCAGAAAAGAUUUUAAAGGAGGGGAAGAGUGGGCUAUUAGAAUCCGAUGAUUUGAGCGGGUCCAAAACAGGCUUAAGUGGUGGUUACGGACAGUCAAAAUGGGCUGCUGAAUAUGUAGUCAGAAAUGCGGGCAAACGUGGCUUAAGAGGUUGCAUUGUUAGGCCAGGGUAUGUAACAGGCGCAUCUAACAACGGUUCUUCGAAUCCCGAUGAUUUCUUAUUACGUCUAAUGAAAGGAUGCAUCCAAAUUGGUGCCGCUCCAGAUAUCAAGAACCCGGUCAACAUGCUUCCGGUAGAUCAUGUAGCGCAUAUUGUGACUGCUGCAUCAUUUCAUCCACCAAAGACGGACGAGAUCGCUGUUGCCAAUGUGACAUCUAAGCAACAAUUGCUUCUUUGCGACUUUUUACACUCUUUAAAGGUUUAUGGAUAUCAUCUAAGAAUGGAGCCUUACGAAAGUUGGAAGACCCUUCUAGAGGAAACAGCUACCGAUGAGAGUAACUCAUUAUAUCCGUUGUUACACUUCGUGCUGGACCGUUUACCCGAAAAUACCCGCACCCCGGCUUUAGAUUAUUCAAAUACUAUGAAUUCUUUAAUACGCGAUGGUGCCGAUGAUAAAUUAGUGAAAGAAAUCAAUAAUGGUGUCACGAAUGAACAAUGCGGCAUUUACAUUUCUUUCCUACGCAAGGUUGGAUACUUGCCUAGCCCAACUUCACCUGACCAUGAAUCAAAAAAGUUGCCUGAAAUUGAAAUUAGUGACGAGCAGGUCAAACUUGUAACGUCAGGCGCAGCCACCCGUUCAAGCGCAGUUUAA